AUGAGGUCGGCAGCGCUGCCCGUGCGGCGCGCGGCGCAGGCGCACGCCGCGCCCGCGACGCCACACGGCACGGCGCUGGCGCCCCGGGCGACGACGGCAUGCCUCGCGUGCGGGCGCAGGCCGCAGCCCGCGCCGCUCGGAGGCCGCGCGCGGCCGAUGUGGGAGGCGCGCAUCGCGGGCGGGCUCCGGCGCGGCCACCGCGCGCACAGCAGCGGCAACGGGGCGGGGCGGGACGACGACGGGCGCCGGGACGGCGCGGAGCGCAACGGCGCGCGGAACGUGGACGACCUCGAGGAGGAGAGCCGCAACAUCCGCCACACGCACUGGGCGACCUACCGCAAAGAACUCCUCGAGCGGACGCGCACGCUGAUCUACAAGUCGAGCGAGCACGAGCUCGAGGUGCUGUUCAAGCUCAUGCGGGCGUACGCGCGGACGAACUUCGCGUUCCUGACCAAGCGGCACCGCUCGCGGUGGUGGCGCUCCCAGGCGGUCGACCUCCGCGUCCCGUCGCCCAGCAAGAACGACCUCAGCGAGUCCCCCUGGGCCCUGUUGCGGAAAGUGCUCUCCCUCGGGGCCAUCUUCUUCGGCGCGUCGUACAACCUCACGCUGCUCCAGAACCUGAAGGACUCGCUGGUCGUGACGACGGGCGGCGCGGAGGUCCUCCCGUACCUCGCGUCGUUCUUCGUCCUCCCGGCCUCGAUCGGCUUCUUCAUGCUGUACAACAAACUGCUGGCCACCGUGCCGCACCAGCGCGUGUUCUACCUCUCCAUCGGCGCCCUCCUCACCACCUACCAGGUCUUCUGCUGGAUCCUCUUCCCGCUCCACCAGAAGCUGCACCUCUACGCCCUCGGCGACUUCCUGCGCUCCGCGCUCCCUGCGGGGCUCAGCGGACUCGCCACCGUGCUCCAGAACUGGACCUUCUCGCUGUUCUUCUGCUUCGCGGAGAUCUGGGGCUCCGUGGUCAUCUCCGUGCUGUUCUGGUCGCUCGCGAACGAGGUGUGCACCAUCGACGAGGCCAAGUCGAUCUACCCGCUCAUGGGCAUCACCGCCAACCUGGGCGUGGUGGCCGCCGGCAAGUUCACCAAGUUCACCAACCGCGUGCUCGUGCCGGACGGCAGCAUCCAGGGCUCCAUGCAGUGGACCAUCACCGCCAUCACGCUCUGCUCCGUCUGCAUGUUCGCCGCCAAGUACUACAUUGACCGACGCAUCCCCAAGCCCUCGGGGGACUCGGACUCGGACGGCGGGAAGGACGAGUCGAAGGAGGAGUCGGAGAAGGACGAGGGGCAGGGCGGGAGCAGCAUGGGCCAGGCGCUGCAGGUCCUGCGGAACUCCUCCAAGGUGAUGGGGCUGGGCAUGGUGGUGCUGUGCUACAGCAUCUCGCACCGCCUGUUCGAGUUCUCGUGGAAGGGGCAGCUGCGCGAGCUGUACCCCACGUCCGCGGCGUACCAGGGCGCGCUCGCGGACGUGUCCAUCGCGACGGGCUUCACCACCAUCGUCAUGAUGUUCCUCGGGCGCUUCCUCUUCCAGAUGUUUGGGUGGGGGACGGCAGCGGCGACCCCGCCGACGAUGAUGUUCUUCUUCGGGACCGUCUUCUUCGUCAUGUCGGCGGCGCCGCGCGCGGUCUCCGAGAUCGCCGCGCAGUGGUCGAUCCCGAUCAACGCAGCGGCGAUCGGCUGCCAGGCCGGCGCGGUCACGCAGGUGUUUGCGCGCGCGUCCAAGUUCUCCCUGUUCGACCCCGCGAAGGAGAUGGUCUACAUCGAGAUGACCAAGGAGGAGAAGCUGCGCGGGAAGGCCGCCGUCGACCUCAUCGGGUCCACCAUGGGCAAGUCGGGCGCGUCGUGGAUCAUCCAGGCGCUGCUCCUGGUGUUUGGGAGCUUGGCGGCGUCGAUGCCCAUGGUGGGCGUGUCGUUCGUGGCCAUCGUGUCCACGUGGCUGUACGCCGUGCAGCGGCUCAAGGUCGAGAUGCGCGAGACCGAGCUGGCGCGGGCCCGCGAGCGGGAGGAGCGGAAGAGGAGGGAGGCCGAGGAGCGCGGCGAGGGCGCCGGCGGGGCCUCCUCGGGCGGCGCGGAGAGCAGGCCGGCGCCCGCGGUGUAG